CCCACCCCUAUAAAGCCUCUCACGUUGACUGUGUACACUCUGACAAAUAGGUAACUACAGUCUCAGAAAAAGCACCCACCCAGGAGUAACUGGAGAGAUCUAUGCAACUGGCAGCCUCCCAGUGAAGUGAAUUGUUUUGAGCCUGAGGCUCCAGCCAAUAUGAAAGUGCAUCUUCAAACCAUCAUCUGCGGGUGUGUUCUAGCCACAGUUCUACCGCUGGUGAAGGGCACAGUUCUACCGCUGGUCAAAGGCACAGUUCUACCGCUGGUCAAAGGCACAGUUCUACCGCUGGUCAAAGGCACAGUUCUACCGCUGGUCAAAGGCACAGUUCUACCGCUGGUGAAGGACACAGUUCUACCGCUGGUGAAGGACACAGUUCUACCGCUGGUGAAGGACACAGUUCUACCGCUGGUGAAGGACACAGUUCUACCGCUGGUCAAAGGCACAGUUCUACCGCUGGUGAAGGACACAGUUCUACCGCUGGUGAAGGACACAGUUCUACCGCUGGUGAAGGACACAGUUCUACCGCUGGUCAAAGGCACAGUUCUACCGCUGGUCAAAGGCACCAAAGUUGACCUCAACUCCAACAUGAAAAAGAGAUUUAGAGUCUGGUCACAGAGCCGCACAAGAGAAGAUUUCCAAAGCAGCUCUGCAGUGAACUCAGGGAUCCUCAGUGGACCAGGGCAGAGAGAGGAGACAGACCCCUCAGUAUUUCAUUCCAGGUCCAGAAGAUCCAUUGUGACCUCAGUGAAAAGACCAGGCUGUUCUCUGGGAACAUGUAGCCUGCAUGACCUGGCCCAUCGGCUACACAUCCUCAACAACAAGUUAAAGGUCAACAGAGCCCCGGAGGACAAGAUCAGCUCACAGGGUUACGGUCGCCGCCGCCGCAGGUCGCCACAGUCACUCCCACAGCGCUACGCAACACUAAGUCUCCAAGCAGGCAGAGUGAGACUGAACUGCAGCAGAGAGUGCAGCCAAGGACUCCACCUACAGGCCAUUCCUCUCAGACAAACUUGAGACGGGCAGAGAACAGGAAGAGGAGUGUCGAUCUAGCGAAUAUCAAGCACUUUUGUUAUGUUUGGGGCUGGCUGAGAUAUUACUGAGAUCCUAUUCCUGAGCAUUCCUUUCCUGCGUGGGGAAAAGGAUGGACAAGGUCAAUGGAGCAGGAAACCAUUUUCACGCCACUGGAGGGGUGCAAGAAGGUGUGUGGGGGUGGGGUCUAAAAUAGGUGUGUGUGUGUGUGUGUGUGUGUGUGUGUGUGUGUGUGUGUGUGUGUGUGUGUGUGUGUGUGUGUGUGUGUGUGUGUGUGUGUGUGUGUGUGUGUGUGUGUGUGUGUGUGUGUGUGUGUGUGUGUAUAUUCCUGUUGCAGUGACUUCUGCACUCUCAGAGCUGUGGAACUUGACACACUUCUGUCUCUUUCCCAGCUCAGGAGACAUUCUCUCACCCCUGUGGCAGCAUAGAAAGAGUGGCUUGGUUGAAUACUGUCGCUCCAAACCACACCACUGCACUAGGGCUAGGACUAGAGCUUAACCCCUAGACCAGACUGGGGCUAGAGCUUAACCCUUAGACUAGACUGGGGCUGGGACUAGAGCUUAACCCCUAGACCAGACUGGGGCUGGGACUAGAGCUUAACCCCUAGACUAGACUGGGGCUGGGACUAGAGCUUAACCCCUAGACCAGACUGGGGCUGGGACUAGAGCUUAACCCUUGGACUAGACUGGGGCUGGGACUAGAGUUUAACCCCUAGACCAGACUGGGACUGGGACUAGAGCUUAACCCUUGGACUAGGCUGGGACUAGAGCUGGGCCAGGAGCCUAGCAGGAGAAGAGGAGGACAUAUAACAUGCUCUUGGCUGACUAAUUUCACAUAUACCACCAAUAUCAGUUCAAAACAAUAUCAAUGGUGGUGAGAGACACUGUAACAGAAAUAUUUGGUCAAUGUAUUAUGUAUUGUGUACUCAUAAAGGAUUAUCUACUUGAACUUGAGUUUAUGUAUAUAGAGAAGUGCAAUGUAUAUACACAGCAAAUUGUUACCAAGUGUUGAUUUUUCAGUGUAACAUUUCUAGUGUUGAUUCAGGUGUUAAAGUCACUCUAAGUGUUAACUUAAUUACCAGUGUUAAAACAAAACCACACCCUUCAUUAUCAUAUUUCCCAGCAUGCUCUAUUGCAGGAUUUUUUUUUGAAUUGUUUGUUUCAAUAUCUAUGUUUUUGCAUGUACAUUGAUUGAUUUAAUUAAUCUUAAGCUACUCAAAUAUACAUUUGUCUAAACUAAUCAAAUCUGUUACUUGGACUUUUUCUCACCCAUUACUGAAAUGGUGGUUCCAGGUAAUAUGCUUUACGUCAGCGAUUUUAAAUCUAGAUUUGCCCAAGAUGCUGUAAUUGGUCUUCAACGGGGCCACUGAAAAUUGGUUGUAUCAGCAAAACAAUUAUUAUCCCUUUUUUCAGGAUCCUGUCUGUCAAAGAAACUUGUAAAAAUCCAAAUGACUUCACAGAUCUUCAUUGUAAAGGGUUUAAACACUGUUUCCCAUGCUCGUUCAAUGAACCAUAAACAAGUAAUGAACAUGCACCUGUAGAACGGUCGUUAAGACAC